GUGACUACAGCGCGUAUCUAUAUAUAUACAUACUUCCUCCUUCAAUGGCUGUGUAACUAGGGAUAAGUUUGGGCAUCUGGACCUGAGUGGGGCCUACGCUGCCCACAUGUACGGCCCAAAGAUUGCCGGCCGGCCGGCCUGAGUAAUCGGGAACCUAGAUGGAAGCAGCGGAAAGUGAAAAGAAAUCAGAAAUCCAAAUCCAAUGGCGUGGUGGUGGCGCCGGCUCAUCCUAAGCUCCAAACUCUCCCAGUACAAAACCCUACUCCCUCCCAUCUCUUCAAACCCUAAACCCUUCAUCUCCUUCUUCUCCACCUCCUUCCUUCGCACCAAAACCCCAAAAAAGCACAAGAAAAGGAGAAAGCCCAAGGAGAGUCCCAGAACCAAACUCGUUCAGUCGGAGCCUAAUCGCCUCUCCCACUUUGAACUACUUGUCCAACGCGACUCCUUCUUCAGAUUCUUCACCAAAUCAAAAGAUUUUCUCUCCAAACAGCCCGACCACGUCCUCCGCUUCGAUGACGCCGGCAAACUCCACCGCGAGCUAGGCUUUCCCCGUGGCCGCAAAGUCAUCCGCUCCAUCCAGCGCCACCCCUUGAUUUUCGAGACGUAUCGACACACCGAUGGAAAAAUGUGGUUCGGCUUUACGGAUUUUAUGGAGGACCUAUUGGAGGAAGAGAAAUCCAUUAUGGAGUCUAUGGAGACGGAAAGAGUUACUACGGUGCGGAAACUGCUAAUGAUGUCUGCCAAGAAGCGGAUUCCGUUGAGUAAAAUUUAUCACUGUAGGGCAUUGUUUGGGAUUCCGGAGGAUUUUAGGGACCGGGUUUCCAAGUAUCCGAAUUAUUUCAAAAUUGUGGUUGAAGAUGAUGGGAAGAGAGUGCUUGAACUAGUGAAUUGGGAUCCAUUGUUAGCCGUGAGUGCGCUGGAGAGGGACUUUAUGAUUGAUGAGGAUCGGGUUAAGAAGGCAUUUAAGUUUCCAGUGAAACAUGGGAAGGACUUGGACUUGGAUGAGGGUGAUGUGAGGAAGUUGAAUUUGUUGAACACUCUCCCGCUCGUCUCGCCAUACUCAGAUGGAUCAGGAUUAAAUAUUUGGACUUUGGAGGCAGAGAAGUAUAGGGUUGGGGUGUUGCAUGAGUUCUUGAGCAUGACAUUGGAGAAGAGGGCUUCUAUACAUCAUAUAGUGGAGUUCAAAGAAGAGUUCAGUUUGACUAAGCAUACCUAUCAGAUGCUUCUGAAGCAGCCCAGGACAUUUUAUUUGGCAGGGACGGAGAUGAAUUGGGUUGUUUUCUUGAGAGAUGCUUAUGAUGAAAAUGGAGUCUUGAUGAAUAAGGAUCCACAGGUGGUCUUCAAUGAGAAGCUUUUUGAAUAUGCAGAAAUGCAAGAUAUGGAGUCUGAUUCUGGUAUAAGAAACAAAAGUAGAGGUUAACAGUCUGCAUGUCUUGUUAUUUGUCAAGCUGUACUAGGGACUUAAGUUCCUGAUGACAGUUCAUAGGGAGAAAAAAAAUUUAGGGCAAUGAGGGAAGUUAAAGGUAGAUUGACAGCAAAUUUUGUGGUACAUGUACAAGGCUUCUGAUCAAAAGCCAACGGGCUAAUUAUGUCUGUUCUUAUUGCAACUCUGAGGAAUUCUGAAGGUUAGUGAAAGAUUUCUGCCAUCAGAUAUCAGUGUGUCUAUUUCCAGGUCAGUUGCUAUUCUUUGGAAAAACUAGAUUAGUUAUGUAGAUAGUGUCAUCCCCUAGCAUGAUAGGUUCUGUCUUCAUGAGUUGCUUCCACAACCCAAAGGGCGUAAUAUUUUACAUUGAUCAAAGUUGAUAUGUCAUUUUCCUCUUUAAAGGGAAGUGCAUCAAGCAUGUGGUAGUUGAUGUUGUAGAAAUUAAACAUAAACAUGAGGAAGCAUGCCUGGAUGACAAGGAAACUUAUUUGGGAGUAGUUCUCAUAAAAGUGCUUUUUGGCUAUAUCUUCUCUACUAGUAGCACUUCUAUUAGAAAUGCUUUUAUAGAGAAUCAAUUAGUAUUUGGAUAUAAACUAAAAAAGUUUGGUAGUGUUUGUACUAAUAAGAUACAUAACAAAAAUUGAUUUUUGGAAAAGUACCUACCAAGUGCUAAAUCCAAAUUUUAGAGCGAUUUUUUGAAAUUUUUCCAAACAUCUAAUUUAGAAAGUGCAUCUAGUGCUCCUAGAAAACUCCCAAAGACACUCUAAGUUGGAUUAAGAUCAACCCUCCAUUCUACAUAUGUAACAUAUCCUGGAUUAGUGCUUAACAUUUCAUAUCCUAUUUUGUAUAAAGAUUUUUUAAAUUUUAUGUCAUUGCUGCAUUAAGUCCACAAUGCAUCUCUUGUUAAGUGCUCUUAAUCUUAGCAUCUAUUUGCCUAUCAGGAGGAAAAGAAUGUCCAAAUUGAUCUCAAAUCUUAUUUUUUGUGGCUUGAGACUCUGUUUAAAGAUUUAUUCAUAGCGCAUAAACCUUAGGGUGUAUUCAUAGUGCAUAAGCCCUAGGGUGCAUUCUUCCAGAUUAUUGUGCCAAUUUUCAUCAAGUCUUAAAAAAGUGAUUUUAUGCAUUAGCUUGAUCAGCUCUCCUUUUGGAUGAGAACUCUAUAUGUGGAUCUGCAGAUUUAUGCUGUCCCUUUUCUUGGCACCCAGGCUUUCCUAGAAUAGUGGCUGUUUCUAUAUGCUUUAUGGUUUAGUCUCCAAUUUAAUUUUAUUAUUUUAUAGCCUAGUUUUCAUUUAUUGAAUUUGAUUAUUUUGUUUUCCCUGUUAUAUUGCACCCAACUUUGGUAUAAAUCUCUCUCUAAGGUAGACUAUAGAACAUGGCAGGUCCCACUAAAGAUGGGAGGGAAUCAUUUAUUCAUGAAAUCUUUUAAACUAGAUGAUAUAUCUAUGGUGAUUAUCCAAUUUUAUUUGCUUGUCCCAUUGGGGUCACAGGUCUGUACCUUUAUAUGCCAUAUGCCAAUAUGAUUACAAUCAUUUAACUUACAUGGGAUGUCUAAUGCCUGUCUGGCCACAAUUAAGUGAUGCAUAAAUGCAUACUUCCUUGUUUGACAAAAAAAUUUAAAAACCUGUGCUCGUCUAUUUUUUGUAGCCAUGUUUCCGGAUAUCUGUCUGAUGGAUUUGUAUAAAAGUAAUUUGAAAAGCUUUUCCACACCAGUACUUUCUUGUGCUUGUCAAGGACAGAAAAAGAAUGAUCCACUUCCAUGGGCCAUCUGAUGAGUGUCGGGGACCCUCUUAAGAAAUAAGACUUUUAGGAUUUAGUGACAAAUCAUUCAAAUUGGCCGCUCCCAAUCCAGUGUUCGACCAGGUGAAAACAUUUAUAUUGUUAAAUUGUCGAUUUGGACGUCUAUCCCUUGGCUCUCUUUCAUGGGUCUCUUUCAAAUCCCCCUUGUCUUACCAUCCAAUGACAGAAUGUUUUUUUUUUUGGUCUCCUCCAUAAAGAAAUAGGACUAGAUUUUACUUGAGGGGUUGCACUUGAAAAGGAGAAGAGGCAGCAGAUAGCCUUAUAACUUGUUGGUCUUUAGUUCAGACCAAUCUUCAAUAUAUGCCUUUGCACGCCAACCAAAAUAACACUGGAUCUAAAAAAAAAAAAAUGGGGCAGUUAGUGGAAUGCCAACCUAAAAUUUUCUUUUUCAAUUCUUAACAGCCUUUUGCCUUGCACUCUAGGGAUGAAAGUCUUGCUUGGUCAUAUUGAGAUAUGGUUUCUAGGUACGAGAUGCCAAAGGCGUGUUCCGUGCUUUCCUCCCUUUCCCAAUCGCUUUUAAGCUUUGCUUUCCAAUAGGAAAGCGAGAACAUAACUCUGUUGACCUAGAAGUCACCAGAGGGGCAGUUUCGCUCCGUUGGAAGCUCUGAUGCCAGCUAUUUCUUCAUUCCCCUGCCUUCAUUGCGGGGUGGACCAACAUUCUCUCUUGAAUGCAACACAUGUGGGACAGGUGUGCGGAGCAGGAGGAUCACUUAAUGUUAGACGUCUAUGAAUCCAUGAUUUAGCUGGCAGGAUGAGUUCCAACUGCUCCCCUUCACUAUUUCUAAGGAAAUCUUCUUUUUUGGCAGGAGAAACUAUCCUACGGUUUAUUAUUUAACCUAUUACAAGCUCAUGCUUUCCAA